AUGUCUUCACGACUGUCCCGAAGAUGGCUUGCAGAUCUUCCACGACGGCCGAAACCGAGGAGGGCUGUACUGACCUGGAUGUUCCUGUUGGCUUUCGUAUGGGCAGUAUUCACAUAUCGCAAUCACCCACCACAGCUGCGGCCGCGGCGUGGGAGCAUUCCUCCUGCAUACCACGAAGCGCGCUCGGAGAAGCGACCGAUGCUUGAACCGGUCGUUGCAAGUUCGAAGGCCGCACAGCUGAAUGAGGCACAAGAUCCAGUGGCAUUUCAGCCUGAGAAAGAUCUCACCACUGGCGCAUCGCGUGGUACAGCCGCGUCACUGCCAACGGCGAAAGCAAGUGCUCCGACCACCAAUCGAACAGCAGCAUCCUCGGUCAACCACCAGAGAAUGCAUGGCAGUCGCGAGAAGGCCUCUGCAGUGCAUGUAUCUGCAGGAAAAGCACAUACAGAGAUAGACUCGCCAGACAAGGCUACGACACAAGAAGACAGUUCUGUGCAAACGGACCCAGAGACGCUGCCGGAUUUCAUCUUCGUGCCAUUCGAGGAUGUUGUCCAUGGUGUAGAUCUCGAGGGCUGGGAAGACCGCUGGAUCAGCGAGGCCGAGUACGACGCCAUCGAGCAAGGCCGUCUCGUGGAGCCACGGAUUGACUUCGUAUACCUAUGUAAGGCCAUCCGCGGGGUCAACGGCUCCGACGACGAAUUUCGUGCAACUAUGUUGCCGUUCGAGCUCGAGUCGGUUCUGAACGACCGUGAGGGCGUGUGGAUAGCAUCGCAUGGGGUCAACAGAUAUCGAGAUUGGGACGAGUUGCGGUAUUCUCUGCGGAGCGUCCAUGAAAAUGCUGGUCACUUCCGCAACAAGCUUCAGAUCGUCGUCAACACGAUUGGGAAUGCUUCAACCGCAACGACACGUAGGCGACAGACACCGUCAUGGCUCCGCGACGCAGAGGAGAACGGUGUGCAGGUGAUUGCUCAGGAUGAUUUCGUCGAACGGCAGCGAGCAGAAUGCUUGCCAACAUUCAACUCGUUGACUAUCGAAAAUCAAUUGUUCAACUUGCCGUCCGACAUAGAUCAGUUCUUCGCCAUGUCAGAUGAUAUGCUUCUUGGAGCGCGACACGCACCAUCCGAUGUCUACUCACCUUUGUACGGGCCUGUCAUGGGAUUCAAGACAAAUUCUUACAGUGCUGUUAACCAACCAACAGAAGCCGAUGCCAAACGAUUUGGGGAAAAGCCGUUCCUGAUAUACACAUCCUGGUUGCUCAAUCGUCGCUUUGGUGUCCGAAAACGCAAGGGACAAGGCCACUUCGGUCAUUCUCUAUCACGAAGCGUGAUGAAGGAAGCCAUCACCUCCUUUCCGAAGCCGGAGUUUGAAAGUGCUUGCAAACGCUUUCGUGGAGAACCAGGCUUCCAGCUAUAUUCGUGGUAUCUGAGCUUUCACUAUCUCAUAGAAAGGUUCCGGGAGGCGCUGAUCUGGAGUUAUGUUAUGCUGCGAAGCGAUGUUGAUGACGAUGGGACGCUUUCGUGGAAGGAGCGCCAGCGUAUAGUCAAGGAGAUCAAGGAAGGCACCAAGAAUAUCGACAAAUCGUCCUUUCGCAAAAGACACUAUUACCAUGCAGCAGCAUUUCUUGAGAAGGCUGGACUUGAGCCCCCACAAGUCAACACCAACAUCCAGUGGACUUCAUGGGACGGUCCGGUGUCAAUGCAAAACGUGGACUGCUCUGAUUUUAACAUUGAUGAUUGUUUAGGACCAGGGUUUUCAUACGUGAAGGAAUCGGCUAAGAACCCGCUCUUCAGCACGACGAACGUGUUUGAUAGAGCCGCUCGGCAGAUCCCUCACUGUGGCGACUGCUUGAUCAGAAUACUUCUGCACCAGGUUAGGCAGGGUCUGUCGCCGCUCCUGCCACAGGCAGACGCGCAGGCCGAUAAACGAGAGCUGGUAGUCAAGAUUUUGAUGCGGUACAAGUAUACCAUUAUGGAACCAACAAAUCAGCUGUUUGUCAUGGUGACGGAUGCCGACCAAGUUGAUAGCACGCUCACAAGGAAGUAUGUGCGUGAGGGCAAGCAGGUUCCUGGCCAGAUGUGCUUGAACGAUGACGUCUCAACCACAGACGAGGCCGAAUUGGCGGAUACACGUCAAGCGAUGGCCGAGUUGCUGGAAGGGUUGUUUCCUGUGAAAGCAGAUUGGGAGAAAUGA